GCUGCAAAAUUCCAUGUUCUUUAUUCUUACUAGAAAAUAAAAUACUAGUACAAAUCUUAUCAGUUAUCUCUAACAUAAAUAUCCAACCAAUAAACUCCAUUUUAUCAAACAGUUCUCAAAAAGAGUAUAAUCAUGAAACAGAGAAUACUUGCCUCCAAUAAUAAUAUGCUCUGUUUUGCUCUGUUUUUCCUCUGUUUAAUUUUACAAGAAAUUCCAAGUAUUGAAGCUUACAAAAAUUAUACAGUUGGAGAUUCUUUGGGUUGGUAUGAUAAAUCUUCCAAAUCUAGUGUCGAUUAUGAAAAAUGGGUUUCUGGAAAAUCUUUCUCUUUGGGUGAUUUCCUCAUUUUCAACACUGAUAGUAAUCAUACGGUAAUCCAAACAUUCAACUCCACAACAUACACUUCAUGUGAUUCUCAAGGCGACGACAAUGUGCAAUGGUCAAGCACUGCACCAAAUUCCACGGUUGUACGCCCUAUAACAGUAGCUGUCCCCCUAAUGAAAGAAGGUGUAUCAUAUUUUUUCUCAGGGGAUUAUGAUGGAGAGCAAUGUAUGAAUGGUCAAAAAUUUUCUAUUAAUGUGACUCAUGGUAAAGGAUUGCCUCCUAGCCUUAAGAACAACCCCGACUUCGCUGUGGGUCCCGGUCCCACUCCCGCCACUGGGGCAGAUGCUGCCCCAGGGCCGGAUAAUCCCGACUCAGGGGAUGAUCAAUCUGCCCCGGAUACCAUCAUAUCCUCGGAUUUUAACCACCCUAAGAACGUACCCGAGGAUAGUACUAGUGGUGGUGACGAAGAUGAUGAUGAUGCUAAAAAAUCCAACAAUGUAGCUGGUUUUUUGCCUAAUUGGAAGAUGUUCUUUGCUAGUUUGAUUGGUGGGGUUUUGCUUCUUCUUUGAUGAUUUCAUACAUUUUUAAGGAGGUUGCUAGUUUAGUGUUACCCAAAUAUAUACAAGUACAUUUUUAUUUACAUAUUCUUUUGGCAAUUUUCCACACUACUUAAUUUUUUUUCAUAUGUAUUUGGUGUUUUGAACACAUACUUUCAUUAUUCACAUGUAAUAUAUUAGUUACUACGGUCCUUACAAAGUAAUUUACUUGUAUUUUUUUAUAAUUAAACAUGAUUGGUUUGUCAAA